UUGAACCCGCAAGGGUGGUGGGAGCGCCGUGCCAACUAGUUACGACUGGCAUCAACAGUGCAAUCCGAGCUCUCGAAGCCUUGGGGUCGCUCGGUCGAAAUCAGCUUCGUGUGAAUAUUUUGAGAAGGAUGAAGGCCCAUAUUGUCAUUGCAAUAUGCACUGCCUGUGUGUUUCUGGGUCAUUCCGGAGUGAAUGGACUGCAGUGCUACGUUUGCAACAGCCAUGAGGACACCCGAUGUGCGAAGCCAAUUCCUCCUGAGGAAUUAUUAAGAAGCUGUGAUAACCUCGGACCUGGAGGUACCAAGUACACCAUGUGCCGAAAAACUGUGCAGUCCAUUGAAUUUGGAGUUAAUGGACUUGUACCAGAAACUCGAGUAAUUCGAACCUGCGGUUACGACGAGUCAAACUACAAAGGCCGUUGCUACCAGCGCGGUGGUUUCGGUGGUCGACAAGAAGUGUGCUCAUGCCUCACUGACAAGUGCAACGGAGCAACAACAAUUCUGAAUAAAUCAGCGCACUUCGUCCUGAUGUUCCUCUGUGUUAUCGGUACAGCCUACCGUUCCUUCCUCGGUAAUUAAAUUCUCUAGAUUAAAGAAAAAACAAUUGCAGAUGAAAAACGUUAAAAAUAUAAAUGAUAAAAAAUGAGAGAGGAGUAUCGUGGGAACCGAGUGAUGGUGAUAAUAAUGGGAAUUCAUUUAACGAUGAUGAUUGUCAUUUGGAGGGCAAAUCAAAAGAUAAUGUUGACGUUGUUUGUUGCGUUUUUAAUCGGCGAUGCGAUGCAUCUCCUCAUUCACAAAUACCAAAAAACAAACAAUUUUUUCCUUUUUUAGUAACAAAAGAGUUAUAAAUAAUUCUGAAAAAUACUACGAAUAAUGUGAUAAGGAGUAGACGGGAAUGAGAAAUAAUCUUGUGAAGAAAAAUUCAAUUAUCUAGGAAAAAAUGAACGUGUGGACGAUAGAAUGUGAUCGGAAAAAUUCCGAUUCUUUGUGCUGUGGAAUCUCUCAUUACGAAGAAUAAUCGAUGAAAAUAGGUAAUCACGCUGCAUACGAGGACGGAAACUAUAAGUGGCCCUAAAACCGUUCGACAUAAUUGAAUAUAAAGCACAACUGUCAACUUCUCGUUCCACUUGAAUUAAUUUUACGUUUAUUUCAAUUGCUGUCAAAUGACAAAAUUGCACAAUCCUGGAUUCGACAAUGGGAAGGAGAAGAAUGAAUCGUAAUCACCGAUAAUACAGUUUUGAGAUUGUGAACAUGAUGAAAAGAGGAUAGAGAGUCGUAUUAAAUUAUUAAAUAUUGAUAAUAUUAAGUUAAUUAUAAAUUAAUUAAUAAAAUGGGCCAAUUCCCGUGCAUGGGAUGUGAUUUGCAUCACCAGUCGCCUCGUGUAUUUCCUCACACUGCCUUGAAAAGCGGCCCCUUGGGAAGAUAAUUCUCCAAUAGUUUCAUUGAAAUAUUAAACCCGUACGUCAAAAUAAAUUCACCACGAGUAAAAUGGAGUGAUGAGUUUUUUUUACAUUUAAUUUUCCUAACUCAAUUUCUCAAUCAUUCACCCAAGUGAAUCAUUUAUAAUAUUCACUAAGGGUAACAAUAAGGAGAACAUUUCUUCUCGGGCGUCGUAAAUCUGCUCGGCACUGUUCACAAUUUUAUUCCAUUAAGAAAAUAAAAAUGAAAAUUAAAUUUAAAGUUAAAAGAAAAGUGAAAUGUUCUGUGUGUAGAGUUUGAAUUAAAGCAAAUACAAUGAUAAUUUAAUUGAACUGGAGUAUGUUAUAAAAUGAUGGUAAAAAUAUAAAAAGUUGGGUAAAAUUAGAAA